CACAGAAACUGCAAGUCGAAUUGCCAGCGGUGUGUAAGUACAUUGUAUCCCUAUAUAUGAAGUGUCGAUAACAAACCAAUUUAAUGCAUGCACAUCCAGGGAAAGAUCAGUUGUGGAAUAUUUUCCGUAUCGAGCAGGAGGGUUGAAGGUUGAUACACAUAAAUAAAGGCAGUUAAAGAUGAUUCACUUCUGGCUGUGGCCGUGUUACUCACACACGCAUCUUCAAGUCGCGUACACCAGCCUUUCUUUGUGUAUAUAUACCAUGUGUUUGAAGUUCCCUCACAGAGAUCUGUAUCCAAUAUCCAUCACACCAUUCAAUUGGUCACUAGUCACUAAGUUAAUUGCCAUGGCUGGAGCUUAUUACUCCUACGUGCUAGCCCUCGUCUGCGCGCUUCUGUCCAUGGCCACCGGCGGCGGCGCCCUGGAGCCGAGCGGGUGGCUUCGGGCGCACGCGACCUUCUACGGCGGCAGCGACGCCGGGGGCACCAUGGGCGGCGCCUGCGGGUACGGCAACCUCUACGCGCAGGGCUACGGCACGCGCACGACGGCGCUAAGCACAGUCCUGUUCGACCGCGGCCUGUCCUGCGGGCAGUGCUACAAGCUCGUCUGCGACCGCAAGACGGACCCUUCCUGGUGCAAACCCGGGGUGUCCGUGACAGUCACGGCCACAAACUUCUGCCCGCCCAACUGGGACCUGCCCAGCGACAAGGGCGGCUGGUGCAACCCGCCAAGGCCGCACUUCGACAUGGCGCAGCCGGCAUGGGAGAAGAUCGGCGUCUACAGGGGCGGCAUCAUCCCCGUCAUCUACCAGCGUGUCCCAUGCGUCAAGAAGGGCGGGGUCAGGUUUACGAUCGCCGGGCACGACUACUUCGAGCUCGUGCUGCUCACAAAUGUCGCCGCGGCGGGGUCGGUCAAGGCCAUGGACGUGAAGGGGUCCAAGGCCGGGAGCAACGACUGGAUGCCCAUGGCGCAUAACUGGGGCGCGAACUGGCAUUCGCUGAAGUAUCUCAAUGGGCAGGGGUUGUCUUUCAGGGUGACCAUCACUGAUGGGCAGACGAUUGUGUUUGCUGAUGUCGUGCCGCCUAGCUGGAAGUUCGGCCAGACGUUUGCCAGCAACCUGCAGUUCAAGUGAAUCGGGCAACGUUGGUUGGCGUACGGUGAGAUUUGAGAAGAUGAAUGACUUACUUAUUAGACGUCCAAGUUGUUUGCUAUAUAUGUGUGUGAGUUUUGUCUGUUGUUUAAUUUACCAGCUUAUUAAUUACCUGCUUGAACGUACAUGUACACACCGGCCAGGCUAGCUGAUAUGUGUGAUGUACAUAAAGCUAGAGAUGGACUGAUUGAGCUUAUGUAUGAAGAAGGUAUAUUACGUUUUGUGAGGAUAUAUUUGAAGGAAUUGAUCUGUUAGGUCGGUGA